UCCUGCAGGUGGAGCCGUCGUAGCUGCUCUCGCUCUGCCCACCGGCCAGGAGGGGGCUACUGGGGACACAAUCGCAGCCGCCGCCGCCGCGGCGUAACCGGAUCCCGCAGAGCGAGGCGGUUGUCGUUGAGGUUUCUCCGGGAGCACCAUGGCCGGGUAGCGGGGAGCUGGUGGGGGCGCCCAGGAUGCUGCGGGCGCCGGCUCUGGCGAUGCGCUUCGUCCUCCUCUUGCCGCUACUCGUCGGCUCCGGCUGGCCAGCUCGGGGUAAGGCGCAGCCGGGGGAGCCUCCCAGCCCGCAGGAGGUGGUGAUCAAGGUUCAGGUGUAUGAGAAUGGCGACUUAUCCCCACUGCCUCAGGCAGCUGUGGAAGUGUAUGGCAACCAGACAUCUCUGGCAUCAGGUGCCACUGAUCAAGAGGGUGUCAGCAUGCUACCCAUCAACUACCGCCUGGGCACCUGGGUCAUCGUCACAGCAUCCAGGCGUGGCUUUGUCACAAACUCUGUUCCUUGGCGUGUCAACAAACUACCACUUUAUGCCUCUGUCAGCCUCUACCUGCUCCCAGAGCGUCCCGCCACACUCAUUCUCUAUGAUGAUCUGGUACAGAUCCUUCUUGGCUCCCCAGGAGCGAAGAGCCAGCCUUGGGCACAGUUCCAGCGCAAAUCUGCCCGCCUGCCCCGCAGCUCCACCUACAGCCAGCUCUCAGCUUCUCUGACCGCUGCUAGCAGUGGGCCAGACAUGAGGGGUUUCCCGUCCUUCAUAGGGGCUGAAAGCAACGGCAGCGCCAAUAACACGUGGCUGGAGCUGGUGCCCAUAGUUGCCGUCAGCGUCCAUCUCUUCACCGGCAAUGGGACAGAAGUCCAGCUUUCGGGCUCCGUCCACCUCUCCAUCCCGUUGCCACCUGACACUGCUGCCGCCGCCGCCACAAGUGUGCCAGCCUGGCGCUUUGACCUCAAGAGUGGUCUGUGGAUCCGGAAUGGAACUGGCCUCAUCCGGAAGGAAGGGAACCAGCUAUACUGGACAUUUGUUUCCCCACAGCUGGGUUACUGGGCAGCUGCCAUGCUGUCUCCAACAACAGGGCUGGGGAGUACUGCAAUAGGCAUAAAGGACAUUGCCACCUAUCACACCAUCUUCCUGCUCACCAUUCUGGGUGCCCUGGCUUUGCUGGUCCUCAUUCUGCUCUGCCUACUUAUUUACUACUGCAGGAGACUCUGCCUGAAGCCGCGCCAGCAGCACAGAAAGCUUCAGCUCUCCGGGGCGCUGGACGCCUCCAAGAAAGACCAGGCCACCUCCAUGUCCCAGAUAAACCUCAUCUGCACUAGUCACAUGGAGACGGCCUCCUCCAACGGGGACACGGAUGUGCACACUCCCAUCCUCAAGUCGGCCUUCUCCUCCUCCCGUGAGUUUGAGAGCUCCCGCGAGGAGUUCUUCAAGCAAGUGUCCAACCAGAAGGCUCGCCAUGCCAGCAAGGCCUCCACAGGGGACACCUUGAGCCAGCGGGGGGGCCCUCAGGGUGACUACCCUCGAGUGCCCGAGGGCUACUCGCUCAAGGCAGCCCGCUCCAUGGACGUCCCUGGGGCACUCGAGCCACCACUCCUGGAGGACUACAAGCGCAGCUAUUCCCACCAGCGCAUGGAGGACAAGAGCACCGAGACACAGCGCAAGCAAGGCCGUAAUGACAGCAAGGCUUACCUGCAGGAGCCCCCCUCCCCACCGCCUCUUCCGCCUCCCUUUGACCACUACAUGGGCCACAAAGGAGACCCCAAGCCCCCCGACUUCAUGAUGUCACAGUCCGUAGACCACCUUGCCCGCCCCACCUCGCUGAGUCAGCCUAGUCAGUUAAUCUUCUGCGGGUCCAUUGACCACAUGAAAGACAGCAUGUACCGAAACGUCAUGCCAACUCUUGUCAUUCCGGCCCACUACAUGCGCCUGGCGCCGUCAGACCAGCCACCAGGGAGUUCUGAGAACCAGCCGGACAUGGACGCGGCUGGCAUGGGACUUCCUCACCAGUUUGGCCCUCAGGAGCAGCAGCGGCAGCUCCUCCAACAGCAGCUGCAGCACCCUCAGUUUCAGCUCCAGCAACACCAAGCAGAGGAGGCCGAGGGGAAGGGUUGGGGCCCCCAUGCCCAGUCGGUCAGUGGCUCGGUCACCAUCCCAGUGUUGUUGAAUGAAUCCACCAUGGCCCAGUUGAACGGGGAGCUGCAGGCGCUGACUGAGAAGAAGCUGCUGGAGCUGGGCGUGAAGCCUCACCCACGUGCCUGGUUUGUGUCCCUGGAUGGGCGGUCCUCACAAGUCCGCCAUUCUUAUAUCGAUCUCCAGGGCAACGAGAGGAGCCGGAGCAACGAUGCCAGUCUGGACUCGGGCGUGGACGUCAAUGAAGCCAAGCCACCGAAGCGCCUGAAGGAGGAGCGCCUGGCCCCUGCUAUGCCCCCCACCUACUCCAAGUUGGUCUUUGCCGACGCCGACACGGAGCAGAGCAGCAGCGAGAGCCGCACCGCCAUUUGCUCUCCUGAGGACAACUCGUUGACGCCCCUGUUGGAUGAGAACGCCGACCACCGCGCUGCCACCAUUCCUCGCCGCGGCCGCAGCCGUGGCAACAGCUCUCGCAGCAGCAACAGCAACAGCGAACUGCGCCGCGACUCCAUGACCAGCCCAGAGGACGACAGCAACGAGCCCUCUGAAGGAACUGACGACCAGGGAGACAAGAAGAGCCCCUGGCAGAAACGGGAGGAGAGGCCCCUCAUGGUGUUCAAUGUGAAGUAGGAUGGGGGUUAGCCCUCAUUGUGCAGUGAGGGGGCUGAGAGCUGAGGUCGCCAGGACCAUGGACACCCGUAUUCAAAUGUGCGUCUGGUAUGGCUUCUCUCCUCUUCAUCUGGUGAAGUGCUUGACCGAACAGAAACCCCAGACUUUUUGACAGCAGGAACCAAUGGCAGGAACAAGAUGCAGAGUGUGGCCAAGACAUUCUUUUCCCAGCAUGCCCUGUGAUCUUUCAAGAUGCUGGUCGCGGCCAGGGCAACCUAAGGAGCGCCAUGGCCUAAGAAAGUUUGACUUUGCUCUCCUUUCCCAUAAACACCAACACCAAUUACUGUGAGCCAGGCAAUGUGGGGCACGGGAACUGCCGCGGGGUGAUGUUCACAAAGGAAGCUUCAGUGCCCUGUGACUCUGUCAGUUCCCAAAGGGAAGGGGCGAGGCACUGCUUGUCCUGUUCCGAAAACCCCUUGCUCCUCACCCAACCUGGCACAGUGAAAACUAGCCCGUGGGAGUGCAGGUGAAAUGAAAGGCAUUCCUCGGCCCCUUCACUCACCUUGCCCCUUGGGGUGGGUGGGCGUUGUACAGUUCCCUUAUUUUGGUUUAAAUUCAGUCCUGUGGAUUUUCCAAGCCGUAGCAUGGUUUGGGGUGGGGGGGGACGGGCAAGUGCCCAAGGGCUCUAGGCCAGUACCCGUCUUUGCCUGUCGUGCCUCGAUGCCCCAAGAACCUGGGUUACAAGCACAGAGCCCAGGCAAUAUGAGGUGGGUUUGGGGAGUGGGGGCACUUGUAUGGCUCUUGUACAUAUGUGUGUGCAUGCGUGUCUUGGGGGGGUGGGAGUGUGAGCCAUGGUGUGUAUGUGUGGGUAGGCGUGUCAGUGACCUCACUGCCAAACAGACUCCCUAGUGGAGUCUCUCUCUGUGCCCCCCCCACUUUUCCCUUGUGCCUGCAACUCCUCUGUCUUCUCCAAGUGCCUUCUGGCCCCAAUGUCUCCCCCCCACCCGCCACCCAGGCAGCUGUGAAUGAAACCUUGGGUGUCCAUAGAGGGGUACAGACAUACCAUCUGUUCAGAGUUGCUGCAGCUGGUGGGGGAAGGGUGCGCCCAAGAAAAAUCUUCUUUCUCUCUCUAAUCCCUUUUCUCUCCUGCAGCGGGUGCUUGGGGGGGCGGGGUGUUAUUGGAGGCAAAGUCAGGCAGCAGCCCAGCCCAGCUGCCAACUGGCUAAGCCAUCCGCAGAGACAGUCUGGGGAGCUGCCCUUCCACCCAGCAACAACACAGCAACGGUGACCAGCCUCUCCCAGAUGAAGAGCAGGACCAAAGUGGGGGUGGGGUUGUCCAGCAGAGAAGAAUGUAGGUGAUGGACUGUGUGCACUGGAGACAGAGAGACUAUUGUCUGGCCUCUAGCAGGCCCCAACAAGACCCAUAUGGAUGUCUCGCAGGCCAGUGGGGUACAUGGGAUGGGGAAAGAACCACUAGCCAGCCCCACACUGAGGCUCAUACCAACCAAACAGGGAGGGAGGAAAUGGGGAGUUGGCUGCAAACAUCAAAGCUGAACUUAAGUGCUUUUUAGAUUUCUUCUUAAAAUGGCAGGACAGUGCUUGAAUUGUAGGGGAAAUGGGGUGUGUGUGUGUGGGGGAUGGUCCUUAACAAAACCCACAAGCCCUGUUACCUGCCUCCUCACAACUGUACCAAAUCAUGGGGCUCCUGUAACCUUCUAAAACUAGUUGUUAAUAGGGCUGGAUUCCUUCUGGAAUUUGGACACAGGCUGAGGGCUUUGGUUGAAACCACCGAAUUGGGCUCAAAAUGUUUUUGUAACAGUGUAAGGGCAGCAGGGAGGGGUUUAAUAUGUCAGAAUCAAUUUUGGAGGCAGUCUUCUUCCACCCUCACCGAAGACAAUGAAAAACACUUUAGAUGUAGGGUUGGUUCAUUCAUUCCUAGUUUAAUUUCUAUACUGCCUUUCAUAAAACUCAUCCUAAGGCAGUUUACAAUAAAACCUCAUAAAACUUCAAAAUACAACAAAACUUCAUAAAAAUUUAAAAACAACAGAGGAAAUGGCCGAACAGAGAAACCUGGCAGCCCCUAAACGCUUGAACGAAUAAAAAGGUCUUGAGUUGGUUGUAGACACUGUCCUCCUCAAGGGCACUGUGGCACCAGAGGCUAGGCACCAUGGUGGGCGCCAGCCCUCUUGCAAGCACUGAAUGCGGAGGAACGGUUCUUAACAGCCUUUCUCUCCUUGUGCUUUUUGCAGGCUUCGCAAUGAGUGCAAAAAUUGCAUGGGUCAGAUUAGACUCAAAUAGCUUGGUCCCAAGAUGGGUCUCUUGCUGUCCUGCUGACACCAUAAUAACCUGAGAUGACCGCCAAACCUUGCCUCAUGAAAAAGCCACUCUUGAAGGGCAGUCCCCUGCCCUCCUGUCCAUUGCCAGGAUUUGUGGAACGUAGGAAGCUGCCAUAUACUGAGUCAGACUCAUUGGUUCAUCUAGCUCAGUACUGUCUGCACAGACUGGCAGCAGCUUCUCCAAGGUUGCAGGCAGGAAUCUCUCUCAGCCCUAUCUUGGGGAUGCCAGGGAGGCAACUUGGAACCUAGAUGCUCUUCCCAGAGCGGCUCCAUCCCCUGAAGGGAAUAUCUUACAGUGUUCACACUUCUAGUCUCCCUUUCAUAUGCAACCAGGGCAGACCCUGCUUAGCUAAGGGGACAAGUCAUGCUUGCUACCACAAGACCAGCUCUUCUCUCCUUGUGUGCUCUGACUUAGAAGUCCAGCUCCCUAGCCUCAGACACACUUGGAAGUUGGAGUGGGAGACAAACUGUGAUUAUUCCAUAAUGUGAGAGAAGCACUCCGCAUAUGCUCAGACACACUCUUUGCUCACUUGUUCCAGGGUUGAGCCUUAGCAAUGAAAAAGGUUCUAGCUUAAAUUAAGCCGUACUCCCAUCCUAGUCAGGUUUUUUCAUUUUGGUUCUUUGCCUGGUGCAUCAUUUUUCUUUCCUUACCUUUCCACAGCAUCUUCUUGCAUCCUGUUAAUGUGAUUUUUGUGAUUGUCUCUCCCCUCGCUUGCCAAUCUGCAGCGGUAGAGCUACCUAACUAUCACCUUUAGAAGGCUCUACUGCUUGGUGGGGAUGAAUGCAAAAUCACAACUAUCUAAGAGAGGGCACCACCAGCCACCAAGGGCCCUGUCACAAGAUGAAGUUUACUGUAUGGAAGUCUGUGUCAAAAACCUCAUAAAACUUGUGUGUGGUUUGUAUGUCACUUCUGAUGAACUCUUGGGUAUUUCUUUCACAGUGUAUACAUACUUCCAUGCGGAAACUUGUGUCUUCUGAGAUCUGGCUUGAAGCCUUUUCCAGCUGGGGAUGGAAUGAAAUGGCUGUACAGUAUGUGUAAGACCAUUCUCCAAGGCAGUCUAUCUGCUGCCACUUCUCAGCUGACGUCUGACAAUAUCUGUGAGUCAUCCUGUAGCUAAGACUAGCACAGCUCUGUAGGAAGCAGCAGUAGUUCGUGGGCUGCAGAGUGGCUAAUGCACAAAGAAGGUUUACUCAGCCAUAACGGAUUUUAUCUCCCCUUGUGGAUUUUCUUUUGGAGAGUAGCCCCUCGAUGAAAGUACUAUUGCAAAUCUGCUAUGUCACAGCAAGAGUACAGCAUGCCUAAAUGUCAUCUGCCAAGGGAACGUAGCCAGAAAGAUGGGCUAUCUUCCAUCUCCUGUGCUCAGGCUGUGCUGAAUCAGACUACUUUGGACUCUGAUCUGACUGUACCACUAACUGCUCCAAAGGAGGCAUAUUUUAGGCUAAUGCACAUCUAUGGGAGGUGAGCCCUGUAUGGGUUAAUUUCUGGCCAAACCUACUGUGAGCUUAACAGCAAUGAAAGCAAUGACAGAGCCACUCCCUACAAGCACUCGAAACCCCAGAACCAGAUACUUCCCCUUACCUCUGUGCACAAUGCUGAUUUCUACUACUUUUUAUAGCUGGAACACAACAGACACACACACACAAGGUGGUGCGGUAUUCUUGAACACUGAUGCAUCUUUAACUGGAAUGCCUUUGUUUCUCCAGUGACCCCAAACUCUGUGAAACAAAUUAGGGAAGGUUUUUUAAAAUUAAAAAACAGGUUGGGACCUGGGGGAAACUGGAGACUUGGCGGGUACUGAUGAAACCUCAUACUUGUUCUUUAGAAUGGUAUUGAUAUAUAAACCCUAUGGAUUGAUCAAGGGGUCAUUGUGCGGUGGUUGCUUCAUUUCCUCCUAAGGCAGUGCCUACAUAGGAAGCUGCCUCAUUCCGAGUCAGACCAUUGGUCCAUCUAGUUCAGUAUUGUCUACACACACUGGCAGCAGCUUCUUUAUAAAUUAAAGAAGACCUUCUCCAAGGCUGCAGGCAGGAAUCUUUCUCAGCCCUAUCUUGGAGAUGCCAGGAAGGGAACUUGGAAGCUUCUGCACGUAGAUGCUCGCCACAGAGCGGCCUAUCCCCUAAGGGGACUAUCUUACAGUGCUCACAUGUCUCCCAUUCAAAUGCAAACCAGAGCAGACCCUGUUUAGCAAAGGGGACCAUUCAUGCUUCAUACCACAAGACCAGCUCUCUAUCUUCCAAGAUAGGUUAUGUCUGUUGAAACCUCGAAGCGGGGAGGGAGAAGGUUUAUACCAGGCCCAGAGCUGUUCAGUUUGAAAGAGGAGGGCACUGAAUUGACUUAUAGGCCUAUUUUUCUUUAUAUUGUAGAACAAUUUACCAGUGGCAUGACCAACAGCUGUAACUUUCCUUGGCAUGACAACAGUGUUGGAGAGAGCAUCAUCUGUUGAGUUCCUGUGGGGUGUGCAGCAGUAUAACACAGAAGCACCCUGCUAAGGAGAGAGAAGGUAGCAACUCUAGCUUGGUUGAUGGCCCCCCCCCUCCAAGUUCUGAUAACCCACUCAGCUAAGUAUGAAACUACCAUCUGGAAAGAGCAUAUUAAUGCUGAAAGCACUAAUGCUUGGGCCAGUGAGAGAGUUGUAGCACUUUUCAAAGAACACAAUGCAAUCUUGGUGACGUGGUACACAGGAGGUAGAACUGGGUUGUCUUAUCUCUGGACUCCUUGAAAGCAUUGGCUGAACAGUUGUGAUGUUUCAGAAUGUUCAAACAUUCUGUCACCUGGGGUGGGACGGGACAGGAUAAAAGGUGGGUCAUAAUAUGCUGCCAACUGGUGCAGUUUCUGUGCAGGAAAUGGAAGGCUGAUUUGAUGGAGAGAGACACCUCACACAGGGCCAAAGAACAGGAGGGACUGCAAAAAGGCAGAAUAAGAAGUCGUUGAGGGCCCUACUUUGGACUGGUCUAUGGUAGCACGAGUGGUGUCGUGAAAAUUUAGGACAGUUAAAUUUUGCCUGUCUUUUAAAGCAGUAAUAUCUGCCUGCUGGGCUUUAACUCCAGUGCAUACUUUAAAAUGCAACUGAUGGAGGGCACAGUGUGCCAAAUAUGACUGGAGCCAGUGACAGCCAAGGGAACCUCUGACCCAUAAUCUAAUUUAAGUAAAAGCCAAAAGUUUAAACCCUUUUGUGUUAAAGGCAAGGUGGAAUGUUUUAUUUGCAUGCAAAGCCAUGAGUGGUGUAAUGGAGAGAAGGUAUCAGGUAGUUCUUUUGCGCACGUGCACGUACAUGCGCACACACGUUCUGUAGCCAGAUACCUUGGGAACCAGCCUUUUAUUUAACUUCCUCACCUACCAGUAACCUUCCUUUUAUUAUUUCAACAUGGAGACCCCUCACAAUGCCUUCACUGCUACCUGUGCCUUACUCGCAGUGUGUAACUUCUACAAAGAAAGGCUUCGGGGCCUCAAGCCUGCUUAGCAGCUAUACCAGGAAGCUGGAAACUAUGCUCUCUGUCAGUAAGUGGGGGAAAGGCACUCUGUACAUGCUGAAUGGUAGUAAGAACUGUGCUUCUCACAUUCUGGUCCUGCAUACCAGCUAGUAAUGAAAGCAAUCUUGGCCCAGACCUUGAUCUAAAUAAAAAUGGUGAACCCUUCAGAAAUGCCCUUUGUUGUAUAAUCUAAAAGCGAACAUUUCCCUCCAAGAGAAUUUUGCAGCAACCAAAAAAGUUACUUAUAGCUUUACUCUGCUUUAUCAGUGAAACAAUUGGUACCCUAUUUGUGAACCAUGGUUGCCCACCUGUAGCAUGUGGAUAAGCCUAGAUGAAGUGGGAGUUAGUAUGCUGAAGGCCCCACUGCCUUGUCCUACGUAUGAGUGGGGUCUGAAGCCACCAUUCUUCUACCUCCCAUGUCUACUUGCCUUGGGUGAGCCAGUCACCACUAUGGUUGCCAGCUCUCAGUAUGAUCUGAAAUUUCAGUGUUUUAAGAGUUUUAAACUUAUUUAUUUUACAUAUUUACAACUAAAUUUUCCUGUCUCUUAAAGUGGUGUACUGAACCAAGUUUAAAACCAAUAAAACAUACUAAAAUACAAAACACAGAGAUUAUAAUGCCAGGAGAAAGAGUACAAUUGCUAGGCUUGGGGACCAUGAUCAGGAGGGCAGCCUGUUGUUUGUUUGGCUUCAUCAGAGCUGUUACUAUAUGUGCAAUCCCCAACUCCCUAAGAAGUUGCUGUAUACAGAGUCAGACCAUUGGUUCAUCUAGCUCAGAAUUGUCUUCUCUGACUGGUAGCAACUCUCCAAGGUUUCGGGCAGAAGACCACCACCAUUCCGGCUUCAGGUGUACCCCUUGACCUAGCAACAUGCUACUAGGCUUCUGUCUCUCUCCCAUAAGGCUGUGAGUGGACACUGCUGCUGGAUUCCACUUGCUACAUCUCAGGGUCUAAGCCAGCAUGCAGACCUAGCCCCUAUAACCAGUGGGGUGUCACCUAAAAACCAAGAAUCCAAAACAUGGACAUAAAAGCUGUCCUGAGCCAUUUUAAGAAUGACCACUGGCCCGCUGAAUCGGAAACCUUUACCGCAUUUCCUUUUUUAAUCUCGUGUUUGCAAGUUAAGCAGCCGCCUCCUCUUAGUUUUAUUUUGUAAAUAAAUUAAGAAAGUACUAUAAAACAUUAAACUUUAAAAAUGUACAGAGUCA